GAGAGCGCGUCUGGUGGCUGCUUGCAAAGUUGCGAGCGAGCCGAGGAGCCCGGAGUGCAGUUGGCCGGUGGGGAGCGCGGGUGCCUCCGCUGCCGCCAUGGGAGCUGGGUGCCGUCAGAAUAUGUUUCCCCUUUCAGCACAGUUGUUGGAUUACUUUCCGAACUGGAUUUGACUGGAAACCCUCAGCAUCUUGACUCUGGAAUUACAAAUCUCACUCACUGCAACUGGGAGGCAACGUGCUGUGAUGUGAACGUACGUUGCCUGCCAUGCACCCCACGGGCAGCACAGAUCCUGGCUUUUCCCGCACUGCUGUGCAAACCCUGUCUCGUAGCCACUGCCGGAACAUAAAACAAAAGAUUUCUCAGUGGGAGGGUCGGACUCAAGGGGGUUGCCAGGAGGAAAGACAGAAGCCACAGGACUUUGGGGUCAAGUAUGGUCAAGAGAGCAGGAGACAGACGGUGGGACUUGGGCACAGCAGGCAUUCAGAAGGACUAGCAAACAUUCAGAGCCUUGGCUUAGAUUUCCGGGAAAACUCUCGCCUCUGCUGUGUGACUGAGGAGGAAGAGGAGAGGCUCCAAGAGGCUCCAGAGAGCCCCUUGGUUGAGCAGCUCCCCAAUGGUGUUAUAUCUGAAGGCGAGGAUGAGGCGGACUGGCAGGGAGAGAGGCUCCCUCCAGGGAACUUCUACACCUCACGGGAGCUGUGGAAACAGAUAGAAGCCCUUCCUCCCGACCAAGUCCUUGCUCUGGCUUUGGACCUGAAAAGAAAGCGGGAAAGCUGUGGCUCAACGGAGAAGGAGCUGAACCUGGCUCCGACAAAGAGCUUGGAGAACAUCUACUGUGACGUUGAAGGUCAGGAGGGGCGGCCAGCCAUCAAUCCGGUACCCAAACCACGAAGGACUUUCCGAUACUUGUCUGAGAAGGACCACACAGAUUGCCCUAAUGGAGGCUAUGCCGAGAGGAAGGCGCCAGAACGUCAGUCUAAUGGUGGCUGUCCUGCCUCAACCUCCCAUGACACUGGGCAGAAAGUGGUCAGCAGAGGAAUCCGAAGCAGAUCCAAGAGAAAGUCCUUUGAAUUUGAGGACAUCCAAGGUUACCGAAACCGGCUAGCAGCCAUUGAGUACCAAAAGCUCCAUGAAGAAUUGAAUGGCACCACAAGUGUCCGCCUCUAUUGCACGCAAUCGGAGGACAACCUCUAUGAGGACAUUAUUGAUCCUGCUAAGGAGAACCUGUAUGAAGACAUCAAAGUGAAGCCUCUCUGGAGGAUCCCCUCUGCUUGGAAGCUGCCUCCUGCCCGGAGCACCAUCAAGCCUCCCAAGCUACCCCCGAAGCCACACUUCCUUCACCGCAAAACCUUGGAGCUAAAGACCACAAGGAUCUGCCUGCGUGGGAGGCUGCCAAAGGACACAACUCUACCUGUUACGCUGACGGAGUGGAAGUUCUUCAAAGCAGGCGAGGCUGGAAGCAGGAAGAGGAAGAAUCUACCUCGGCUUGUGUUGAAGAUUCAGGAAAUCUUUGACUCCAAACGAGGGAAGAAGAGGGUGAAGUUGGUGGCCCAGACAGGAAAAGAAGUUUCUCCAGCCAGAGGUGAAACCAAUGGGUAUGACAGUGAACCGGAGAAUCUGCCAAAAAGUCGCCAUAAGCGCCUGCUGCAGGUACAGGCUCAGUCCAAGAGAAAUCCACACUACCAGACUCUGGAGCGGGACCUCAUCGAGUUCCAGGAGCAGCAGCUCUUUGAGCUCUUUGUGGUGGUGUCGCUACAGAAGAAGCCAUCAGAUGCAACAUACACCCCACAGAUUAUACAGCAGUUUCCUAGCAAGCCUGACCACCCCUUUCGGCAGUCUAAGGACACUGAAGAGAGGCUAAAAGUCAUCCCCAAAUUCUGUUUUCCUGACCCCAAAGACUGGUGCCCGACAUCAGAGUCAAAGAGUGAAACAUUUUCCUUUGUGCUGACUGGUGAGGAUGGCAGCCGCUGGUUCGGAUAUUGCAAGAAGCUCCUGCCAGAAGGGAAAGGCAAACGACUGCCUGAGGUAUACUGCAUGGUGAGUCGCCUUGGCUGCUUCAACCUUUUCUCUAAGAUAUUGGAUGAAGUGGAGAAGAGGCGUGAGAUGUCCCCAGCCCUGGUGCACCCAUUCAUGCGCAGCGUCAUGGAGGCACCGUUCCCUGCUCCUGGGCGCACCAUCACUGUGAAGAGUUUCCUGCCGGGAGCAGGAAAUGAGGUAAUUGAGCUUUGCCGUCCCCUGGACUCGCGUCUGGAACAUGUUGACUUUGAAUGCCUGUUUAAGUGCCUCAGUGUCUCUCACUUGAUCCAAGUCUGCGCUUCUCUCCUGCUGGAAAGGAGGGUGAUCUUUGUUGCUGACAAUUUGAGCACCUUGUCCAAAUGUGGUCAUGCUGUGGUUGCAGCACUCUACCCGUUCACCUGGCAACACACUUAUAUCCCUGUCCUGCCAGAUUCUAUGAUAGACAUUGUCUGCUCACCUACCCCUUUCCUUAUUGGCAUCCUCUCCUGCUCCUUAACUCAGCUCCAGGACCUGCCCAUUGAAGAGGUACUGAUUGUUGAUCUGUGCGCAGAUACAUUUUUACAACAGGUUUCAGAUGAAGAUGAAAUCCUACCUCACAAGCUCCAAGCUGCUCUCGUACAGAUCUUAGAAGAGAGAAAUGAAAUCUUGUCUCGGGAGCGGAAUUACACACAAGGUGACGUGACUCUGGACUUGUUGGUGUCGGAGGCUUUUGUGCGCUUCUUCGUGGAGAUUGUGGGGCACUACUCCCUGCACAUGCACGUCACUGAGAAAGGAGAGCGGGUGUUCCAGCGGGAUCCCUUCCGGAAGUCCCACACCUCCCGCAAUGUGCGCCAUUUCCUAGACAUCUUCAUGGAGACGCAAAUGUUCGCUGGUUUCAUACAGGAUCGAGAGCUACGGAAAAGCGGGGUUAAAGGCUUGUUUGAAGUCCGUGCCUUGGAGUAUUUGGAGACCAUUCCAGAGUCUGAGCCAAGUGGGAUGAACAAAAUCCUCCGUAGUCUGGGUAGCAAAAUGAAAUUUCUGCAAAAGAAGUGAGAAGAAGCUGAGUGCAAAAUUGCUGCUAAGAGUGGUUUUAAGUUCUCACCUGGCUGUCAGAAGGGGGCGCCACAUUGCCUGUUGCUGCAGCGUCAGAAGGGAUGACUCGAAUUCAAGCUCAGAUACCCUUCAAAUAAUUGGAAGAAAGGGCAUCAGAUCUGGGUGGAAUUCUCAAACCUUUGCUGUGCCCAGUUCAACGGGACUAUUACUGGGAGAAACUAGGCUUCUGUGUCUUUGUAGAAUUGGUCUACAAAGGAGAAUCCAGUUAGCUGUGUGAACUAUCCCUGUUUAUGCUGCUUGGCCUGAAGAGACUUCCUACACCCUCCUGUUUUUAUAAAUGACUCCUGCUCAAAGUAGCCCUGAGGGCUAAGCUGAUACCUUUUAAUAAGAGGAAUGAACCAGAAAUAAAUUUUUUAAAAAAACCACAACGAAUUCAGGAACUGACCUAUGGCAAUACUGCACUGCAGAGAUUCUCUGCAACUGGAAACUUCCUCUAAAACUGAAAGGCAAACCUGUACUCUAGGGCCUGUUCAUCCGUCUUCCUGUUACGUCCUCUGUUACUGGCCCAGGUUUAGCCACAUUCUCUUAUUAACUGUUGGCUUUACUUACGUCUUUCAAAGCUUUCUGUUUUUCAAAUACUGAAAGCAAGACGAGAACACCCACUUCUUUGUUUGUUCUGUUGGUUUUUAUACUGCAAACUUCAACCUGCUGCAAAUAUACAACUUCUGUGCCUUUUUGCAGACCUGCUUUUGCUACGUCAGGGGAUAUACCUCAGUCAAGACUGGUGUUUACUGGUCAAGAAAAUGCCGUUUAAACCCAAUUUGGGAAUAUGAAGACUUUUGAAAAAAAACAAAAUCAAAAAGUGGAAUUUAAAAUGAGUUUGUUUUGGUUUGAUACAGAACUAUUGUAAAAGAAAAGUGAGUUUCUUACCAUUGCAUUUUGUCGUGAAAUGGGUGGGAUAGAAACGGGUUCUUCCCUGUAAAGCAUUGCUCUAAUUUACCACAGCUGAACAUUCAUCAAAAACAUUUUCUUCCUCAUCUACACCAAGGUCUGUUGUUAUCUGCUUUUAGGGAACCCUUAUUCCUCCUGGUAGCUUGCACACUAUUUCCAAUAGCUGUUUAGAGUGUAAGGCAAAUAGUGUAAGGGCAUGUUUAGCCUGGAGAAGAGGAGGUUAAGGGGUGAUAUGAUAGCCAUGUUCAAAUAUAUAAAAGGAUGUC